AUGCAGACUCCGACCAUGGCUGCAGCAGUGUGGACUGAUCGAGGACGCAGGGCUGUGACGGUUGUGGGGACAGUGACGAGAUCCAGGUCCAGUCACACCGCUCUAAAAUCCCAGUAUGACGCACUGGUCAUCGGCGGAGGACACAAUGGACUGGUGGCAGCUGCCUAUCUUCAGAAGGGGGGACUAAAGACAGCGGUUCUGGAGCGCAGACAUGUCCUGGGAGGAGCAGCGGUUUCAGAGGAAAUUUUUCCUGGUUUCCACUUCUCCAGAUGUUCCUAUUUGCUCAGUUUAUUAAGACCCCACAUUACAGCAGACUUGGAGCUCAAGAAACAUGGGCUGAAGGUGUAUAUGAGGGACCCACAUGCUUUCACCCCCAUGUUGGAGGACGGGGUGAACGGUGCCCCACCGAGGUCUCUCAUCCUGGGCGCAGAUCUGGCCAUGAAUCUGAAGGAGAUUGGCAAGUUCUCACAGAAGGAUGCUAAGGCCUUUCCAGAAUUUGUUGCACACCUUGAGAAGCUAGCAGCAGCUAUCCACCCUCUUCUGGAUGCUCCUCCUGUAGAUGUUCCAGGUGUAACUACUGGGUCACUGAGGAAGAGGCUGGCUGCAGCUAAAACACUGAUGCCUAUCGUCAAAUGUGGACUAAAACUGGGUAGAAACAUUCCAGACUUUUAUGAAAUUGUAACUGCACCAAUAAUGAAGAUCCUCAAUCGGUGGUUUGAGUCAGAGCCGCUGAGAGCAACACUGGCUACUGAUGCUGUGAUAGGAGCCAUGACCAGCCCAAGUAAUCCUGGUAGUGGGUAUGUGCUCUUGCACCACGUGAUGGGAGAGCUGGAGAAGGAGAAGGGAGCAUGGGGUUAUGUGGAGGGAGGCAUGGGAGGCGUGUCUCAGGCUAUUGCUAGCUCUGCUCGGUCCUAUGGCGUAGACAUUUUCACUGAGAAGGAUGUAGGGCAGGUCCUGGUUGGUUCAGAUGGUGCUGCCAAGGGAGUGGUGCUAAAAGAUGGUACAGAGAUCCACAGUAAAGUUGUUCUAUCAAAUGCUACCCCAUAUGUUACCUUCAAGAACCUCAUGCCACAGGGGGCCCUUACUCCAGAGUUCAUCAAAGCUGUAGAUCAGAUAGACUACACCUCACCCGUGACCAAAAUCAAUGUGGCCGUGGACAAGCUACCAAACUUCCUAGCAUGCCCCACACCAGAUGACAAACCUGGACCCCACCAUCAGUGCUCCAUUCAUCUUAACUGUGAAAGCGUGGAGCUACUGGAGACUGCAUACAAAGAGGCCAUGAAUGGACGUCCCUCAGCAAGACCCAUGCUGGAGAUGACCAUCCCCUCUGUGUUGGAUCCUACUCUGGCUCCCCCUGGCUGCCACGUGGUGUCACUGUUCACCCAAUUCACCCCUUACCACAUAGAGGGCAGAGAGUGGACGGACCAGGACAGGGAGGCCUACGCAGACACUGCAUUUGACUGGGUGGAGCGAUACGCCCCUGGGUUUAAAAAGUCGGUGGUGGGCAGGGACAUCCUGGUUCCAGCCGACCUGGAGAGGAUCUUUGGGCUCACUGGAGGGAAUAUUUUCCAUGGAUCAAUGUCUCUGGACCAGCUCUACCUAGCACGACCUUUGCCCUCUUUGUCAGACUACCGUUCCCCAAUUAGAGGGCUGUAUCUGUGUGGCAGUGGCUCUCAUCCAGGUGGUGGUGUGAUGGGUUCACCCGGCUGGAACGCAGCGCUCACUGUCAUGACCGACCUGAAACGUCACUGAAACAUGUGACAGCAUCAGUGUGUGCUCCACUCAUAAGUGUUAAACCUUUUUUGUGUGAUUUGUGAAAUCAGUUUCAAUACUCUGUCCAACUAUCUACCUGAUCAUCUGUCUGUCCACCACAUUAUGUUUGUAAGAAUAUCUGAACAGAAGAAAGGCUGAUUUAAGGAUUAAUGAGACAAGAAGAGACUUAAUGAAAAGAGGCUUUCAGGCUCUUUAAUAGGUCGUCCAUGUCAGAAGUCCACCAGUCAAUCACUCCUGGUAUUAAACACCAGUGCAAUACUGCCGCAGUAAAUCCUGUUGCGACACCUCUUAUGAAGUCAUCAUGCUGAGCCAACAGAAAAUCACUGAUACCAACACGACAUUGUUGUUGAAGACAAAUGCAUUUUUAAAAUAACUGACAGUUAAUGUAAUAAUUGAAAUGAAGCACAAUGGGACUUUUUACAAUUUUGUAUGAAUAAAUCCAAAUGA